AGGUCUCGCCCCGCCUUCGGGGUGGUCAGUGAUCACACAAACCCUAGAAAACUCUAUCUGUGACUUACGUGCUUCUCUUACCAAUAAUCCAUCAACUUCACCAACUGAUUUCUUUGCAACUCCCAACACAACACAUGCGUGCUGAGUGAGCUGCCUAGAGCAGCGGAGCUUCUUCAAGACGUCUUCAGGCGCUUUCACAGCGAUUUACUCCAAGAUGAAUCUCAAAGCACACGCAUCCUGUGGGCUUGUGAAGAUGAGCGCUCGUGGACAGAGAUUUAUGAAGAGAUUCUAGGUGUGCGUCAUAUUUGGAUUGAACUUCUGGAAGUUGUGAGCCAGUCUUCCCCAGAGCGCUUCCCUUGUAAUGAGCAUGGUCAGAGAAGGACUUUGUGUUUCAUAGCAGUGUGUGCCUAUGUCGGAUUCUCCAUUACGUUUCAACAAGCUCAAGGGCUGAUAUGAAUAAAGUAGAGUCGUGGUCAGAGGAGGAGGUCUCGCUCUGGCUGACUGAUCAGGGCUUGCAGGAAUACUCUGAACUGUUGCAAAACUACGACGGACAGGCUUUAUUAAAUCUUACCUCGGAUGACUUCAAGAGGGCGUCCCUCUCCAGGGUCACUUCAGACGGUGGUCGUUUGCUCCUGGAAAAGAUAGAGACUCUUAAGAUCGAGCAUCACAUCGAUGUCCACAAGAAUGAACAUGUCAAUGGGCACAUGGUGUUGAAUCAUAACGGGAAUGCUGGGAGUGCCGGCAAGGCUCAGCGGAAUGGCAUGGUGAAUGGCUUCCACAAGGAACUGGUGCAGAUUUCCAUUCCAGAGCCAGCUUCUCCGCAGUUCCCUCCCGAAUGGGGAAAGACCGCCGUGGCUCUUGUCUAUGCCUUGUGCUGCUUCGUCUUUACCACCAUCAUUAUUUCUGUGGUCCAUGAACGUGUGCCUCCUAAGGAGGCAACUCCACCGCUCCCUGACAAGUUCUUUGACUUUUUUGACCGAGUGGAGUGGGCUUUCUCUGUAUGCGAGAUCAACGGAAUGAUUCUGAUGGUCUUGUGGAUUAUACAGUGGAGUCUCUUAAAACACAAAUCAAUUGUUGGUCGACGCUUCUGUUUCAUCGUCGGGACGCUCUACCUCUACAGGUGCAUCACCAUGUACAUUACUACUCUUCCAGUGCCUGGCAUGCACUUCAAAUGCUCUCCAAAGCUGUAUGGUGACUGGGAAUCUCGGAUGCGGCGGGUGAUGAAAUUGAUCGCAGGAGGGGGUCUGACCAUCACAGGCUCUCAUAACUUGUGUGGCGACUACUUGUACAGUGGCCAUACAGUCAUGCUCACCCUCACUUAUCUCUUCAUGAAGGAGUAUUCUCCUAGACGGUUCUGGUGGUACCACUGGGGCUGCUGGGCUUUGUGUGCAACAGGAGUGUUCUGCAUUCUUCUUGCUCAUGACCACUACACGAUUGAUGUCGUUGUGGCCUACUUCAUCACCACACGUCUCUUCUGGUGGUAUCACACUAUGGCUAACCAACAAGCUCUCAAAGAGACAUCCCAGACCAACUUUUUCACCCAUGUGUGGUGGUUCAGAUUUUUCCAAUACCUGGAAAGCAGCGUUCAAGCCGUCGUCCCCCGCAGCUACCAGAAGCCCUUCUCGUGGCGAUCGCUGCAGUGGGGUCACGUAAAGUACACACGGAUAGACUCGGAUUGACUGACGUGCAAACGGUCCAUUUUGGAAGUUGGUCUCCAAAACAUGUGCCCAAAGUGCCGGAACAAGCCUGACAUCGUAGCUAACCCCUUUAACUAACAGACUAGUCAUCCAAAGCUUCUCAUUCCUUUGUGAUGUCCUCACAGGAUUGGUUUUUGGAUGUAAAACUUAGCACGUAUGGGGCUAGGAACAAUAGAGAAACCAUGGUCAGUGAUAAGCAAGUGGUUUUCUGGGCUUGCGAUGGCCUGUAAUUUCAUCCUACAUUAAUAAAAAUUCAUUAAAAAUGAGCCAGCAAGCUAAAUGAGAAGUGGAGAAAGAAAGCGUCUCCAAGUAUCUUUGCCCCUGUUUACAGGCACAAAGCCAUCUUCUCGAGAUAUUUUUGUUAACUCAAGUAAGCAAUUUAUUGACACAUUAAAUAUUGCAAAUCUGAGUAACAUAAAUCAGUUUUGUACAUUUUUCUAGUCGUCUGCUAAACAACUUGUGCUGUCAGAGAAGGUUUAUAUGAAUAUAAUUUUUAUUUUUUGAACUAAUUCUUUGUUUUUUUACUUCGAGAGCUACAGAAGAUGUAUAUUGGGAUAUUGGAUAAUCUAAUGCUCCUCAGUGCCUUAAUAGUUCUAGCAGUCAACUGUAAUAAUCUAUUUAUGUUCAUUCAAAGACAAUUUCAGUGUUUUAGACUAUAUUCAGGGUGGUCGUGCUGUAACCACCCUUUGCGAACCACGUAUGCUUGAAACAGAACUCACCUCAUUGCCCGAAUGUAACAAUCCUGCUCGCUUUGAAAGAGUAUUUCCAUGAGAGUGUCAGCAAAGCUAAUUUCGCUGACCAUGACCAUUUCUCUGGUGUUGUUUUCGGAAUGUAUUUAUUUAUGUUUUUGUUGCGUAUUUCCAUCUGGAUCCUAUUUUGUCAGACAGCUGGUGCUUUAUUGCUCUUACUGAACUCCAGGUCUCUGGAGGUUGUUUGAAUGAAAAGAACAAUGUGACCCGAUCCAUCCUUUCCGCAAGCCAGAACAGAUGUUCUGUCCCACUGACCACCCAAUACAACAAGCUGCUAUAUUGUGACGUAAUAGUAGGAGAUGUUCGUCCAAUGACAAACAAAUAAAUUACAAAUAUUAGCACAAAA